AUGUGGUGGCCAUUCAGCAUCUUCUUCAGCAGCAUCUUCCUCUUCGCCAUCGUCCUGUCCAUCCCCGUCGCCUUCGAUGUCGGCGGCCGAGACAGCGGGCUGGCCUACAGCCUGACCCUGUCCAUAUUCUACAUCUUCUACUCGGCCAUCCGCCUGGCCACGCCCGAGACGUCGCGCGUCCGCUGGUCCAUCGUGACGCUGCUGCGGCUGGCGCAGUGGUUCGUCAUCCCGUCGCUGCUCAUCUGGGCGCUGGGCAAGUUUGGCGUCGACGCCGAUGCCGGCAGCUCGAGCUGGGUCGAGAGGACGCUCGGCGGCGUCUUCCAGUCCAAGAGCACGAGCUGGACUGAGUGGAUGUUUGGCAAAGAGGGACUGGUCGAGACUAUCUUCCUUGGCUCGUGGGACAAUGUGCUGAGGUACUCGGGCCCUGUAUUCCAGCUGCUCGAGGGCUUCUGCACGCUGCUCGUUAUCCAAGCGGCGGGCCAGAUUACUCGAUGGCUCGUCAACAGAGGGAGGAGCGAUACAUGGGUGAUUGUCUUGCUUGCAUUUUCCGGCUCCAUCAUUGCCAGCGCCGUCUAUUUCCUGUGGCGCGUGGCCCAGUUCCCUCAGAUCAGCAACGUUGAUGCCACUCUCAUUGGCGUCACCAUGACCACGGCUGUGUUCCUCUGCGCAUAUGGCAUCGGCAGUGGCCGCGGCAGUCCCGUCGAAUCGUCGCUUCUCUUCGCCUAUGUCGUGCUCUGUGUCUAUCAGAUCUUUACCGACUAUCUCCCGUCCGAUGGCACCUAUUCAACGGAGGACCAAGCUUCAUCGCAACCGGAAAUACCUCCUCUUCCGCCCAUCAUCAUGGCCUCGUACUCAACCCUACUUCACAUCCUCAGUACCCUACCUGGCGCUUUGCAUUCUUCGCUCGCCCUCUUGUACGCCGCUUUCCAGACAAUCACGCCAUCCGUCAUCAUCUCUCUCGCAUAUCGUCUGUUCGUCUUCUACUGCGCCACCCGCAUCAUCCCAUCAGUACGGGAUCUAGGCGCCCGAGCCAUGAUGCACGAGCCUGAUUUUGACGAGUCAGAAACAGCAAACAUGUUUUUGAGCAUCCUGAGCUACUUCUCACCAACAAUAUUGAUAUCAGUCUACACCAGCCUGUUGCUACAACACUUUUCAACGAGCGAGGGGCCAGAUGGCUGGACACUCAGGGGCGGGGACGUGGGUGGCAGCUCUUGGCGGUGGGUCAACGUGGGAUUAACCAUGGUGCUGUAUGGAAUCGAGCUCUCUUUGAGCACAGAUGAUCAAGAUCAUUGGAAGGUGGAUUGA